AUGCUUCCAGCGCUGCAGCCAUGGGCUGGCUUGGGUCCUUCUGGCCGAGCUGGUGUGCCAACUAGAGCAAGUCAGACUGAUCAGAGAUGGAGGGUGCCAUUCUUCACUUCGACCGCUUCCUUGCUGGCGUGUUCCGCCUCGCGUGCUCAAGGCCUCGGGCGGGCUCAAGCACGCGCGCGGGUGUGCUGCGCUGCGAAAGGGCGGCGGAGGGGCAGCUCCGUCAGCCCGGCGAGUGGGGCGCUGCCGCGAUGUGUGGUUUUCGAUUUGGACGGCUGCAUCUGGAGCCCGGAGAUGUACGAACUGUCCUGGGACCGGGGAGGGUCUCCCUUCCGGUACGACGAGAAGGGUGUGAUGCGCGACAGGAACGGCUGCGCCAUCCUGCUGCACAGCGGGGUGGACCGGGCCUUGACGGAGAUGGCCAGCGAGACGAAGUGGCAAGACACCCAGGUGGCGGUGGCCUCCUGUUGCGACGUGCCCCCCUGGGCCUUUGAGCUGCUGGGGAAGUUCGAGUUCGGGCCCUCCAGGGCCAAGCUGAGCCAGGUGAUCUCCACGGCGCAGAUCCACAAGGGCUCCAAGCAGGGGCACUUGAGGGAGAUCCGCGACACCGUGGGCUGCGACUUCGAUGAUAUGAUUUUCUUCGAUAACGAGCCCUACAAUUGCGAUCAAGUGGCACGCCUCAGUGUGACGUGUGUGUAUUGCCCGGAAGGGGUCACAACCGAAGCGUGGACCGCCGGCAUUGAGGCCUUUCCCGUGCCGGGGUCCACCAUUCGCUGCUGA